AUGUGUCAAUUAUGGAGUAAUAUGAAACGGAGGAUGUAUAAACUCAACCAAUUUUCAAUGUUACCAAAGUCAAAAUCCAUUUCCCUCUCUCUGUCAUUGCUGGAGCUCCUGGCAGCAUAUUCUCCAUCUCCAUUUUCAUGGAGUUCAUCUUUCAAACCUACUCACUCUCUCUCCUCCACAUCCAAACUCAAUCAUCCUCUUUCAACAACAAUUAUCAAAUUAAAUCCUGCAAACUCAACCAAUUUUGACGAUAAAUUAGAAGAGGGCAAAAUUAUGACCAGAAAAUUCAAAUUGUCCCGUACAUUUCGAUCUAUAAAGCCACAUUCUACUCCUAACCCUAACCCUAAUUCCAAAAUUGAGCUUGAAAAUGUGUCGGAAACCGCCAUUGAAUCAUCAAUUAAGAAUCCCUCUUGGUGUGUUUAUCUCAUCGUUUCUACAAAUCCUCCUUUCAAGACUUACGUUGGCGUUUCUACCGACUUCUCUCGCCGUCUGAAACAACACAAUGGUGAGCUUAAAGGAGGGGCUAAAGCAUCUCGGGCAGGAAGACCUUGGAUUUGUGCUUGCCUUGUGCAAGGUUUCAAAAGUCAGAGUGAAGCUUGCGAGUUUGAAUCAAAAUGGAAAAUUAUAUCAAGGAAAUUGCCCCGCAGGCAGAAAUCUGAAGACAAAGAGGGGCUAGAGGAUAAGGGCCGGCUUUUGUUGUUGCAACACAGAUAUGCAGCUAUGGAAAAAUUAAAGCAGUCAUUUGACUGCGAUCAUUUAGAAGUCGACUGGCAAUUAAAUCCUUCUUUAUAAGUUGUUAUCAUAUUUAUUACUUGUAAAUCAUUUCGUAUUGGUGCCCUUUUCUUCUUCAUUACUUUGUAGUUAUAUAUUUAUUCUCUUCUCCAUCUCUCUGUCAUUUUUUGUUGGCCAAUCAGGAGAUGAAGUGGCUUGAGAUUCAUCAGAUAUACUCCAUAAUAGCGGAAAACUGUUAAUGUUGUACACUUUCAAGAAUUUGAUAAGCUUGUAAAUUUGUAAUCCAAGGUCUUAAUUAAAGUGUUUGGACAACGUCA